AUGCUUCCACAACCCAUUGACAUCCACAAAUGGAUUGCUGAGAACCAGCAUCUUCUCCAGCCUCCGGUGAACAACUACUGUCUUCACAGAGGUGGAUUUACCGUGAUGAUAGUUGGAGGCCCAAAUGAGCGCACAGACUACCACAUAAACCAGACGCCCGAGUGGUUUUACAUGUACAAAGGCGAUAUGCUUUUGAAAGUGGUUGACGAUGGAGAAUUCAAGGACAUACCCAUCAAGGAAGGCGAAUCGUUUCUGUUGCCUCCAAACACCCCGCAUAAUCCGGUGCGAUUUGCAAAGACCAUCGGAUUGGUUCUCGAGCAAGAUCGACCAAAAGGAGUGAAUGACAAGAUGAGAUGGUACUGCUCCAAUUGCAGGGAAAUCUGCCACGAGGUCGAGUUCUACUGCGUCGAUCUCGGAACUCAAGUGAAGGAAGCUAUUCUGGCCUUUGAUAAGGACAUCGACUCCAGAACAUGUAAGAGCUGUGGUACUCUUAAUUACUCUAAACCUCAAUGA